AUGGUUGUGUCGGAGCUGCUGUCGAUGCGAGCCCCACCUGUCCUUAUGCUAAUCGACCGGGACUUCGUCGAGCUCUUUUGCGGGAAGAUGGAGGUAUCUCAUGCACUACGCCGUGCAGGACUCCGCGGCACCUCCCUCGACGUCGAGCUGGAUCCGCAGACGAUGGAUUUCCUCAAGCCGGCGGGCUUUUGGAGCUACACGAGGACCUUUGGGGAAUUCCUGGCUGGUGCCUUCAUGCACCUCCGGUCGGAACCCUUCAUUCCUCAGAACCACGGGCCGGGGAUGGCAUCUCAUAUGCUGCGGAAAUCCGACUACGAGCUUUUCGUGCAGGCCAAUGUGCUCCAGAUGGUUGGAUUGCGUGGCUCUAUGGGUGGUAAGAAGACGCCGGCGGCAGACUCGCCGGAAGUGGCUGAUGUUAUGGCUAUGCUUCAAUCUAAGGGAUUGCUGAAUAAGCGUGGUGCCGAGCCCGAAGCUGCUGCCGCGGAGGAGCCAGCUUCGGAGGCCGAGUCGGAGGGUCCCUUUGUGGAGUGGCCACCUGAAAAGCCCAUCGGUCCGUUCUUGGAGGUGGGGCUUGAUGUGAUGGUGGAGUGGCCAAACUUGGACAACGUCUGGAAGGCUUGCAAGGAGUCAGACAGAGAGUUCUACAAAAACCUGAAGUAUGAGGAGCUCUUGCAGAUGAUGGAGGUUGCUCUUGGUCCCAGGCCUACGCAUGUGCUGACGCCUGUUGAGGUUCCAGAUGACGUUGGUGAGGAGAGGCACCCGGGCCCCGUGUUGGAGGACAGCUCCCUAAAAAAGCAGCAGGAACAGUCCGAGGAAGAAGGUGAGGACGAGGAUGACGAGGAGCAAGAGGAGGAGGAAUGUGAGGACGAGGAGGAAGAGGAACAGGAGGACUCCACAGAACCCAACCCAAAGCCGAAGCUCAACGACUGGAAUGGCACCCCCAGCCCUGCCACGAAGGAGAACCCCCGCCCUGCCACCAAGGAGAACGCCCUGACCGAGAGUCCCAAGGUGAAGCCAACCGACCUGAGCGCGAAGUUCAAUCAUGUCCAGCGGUCGAACUCCGAAAGGUUGGUGAGUGCAUCUCAAGCUGGAACUGACAGCGAUCUACGAAGUCUCGUCACAUCGAUGCAGUCAGAGAUCACUAGGCUCAAGGCCCUGCUGGAUGCGAAGCCGCCGGCUGCCACAGCCUCGGCCGAGCCCGAGCCCGAGCAGGAGGAGGGCUCGGAGUUCCCCGAAAUGACCAAGAUGUGGAAUGGAACGAAAGAGGAACAGCACGCAGUGUUUGCAAAGUGGUUGGAGAAGGAGAUGAACAUGGGCAACACCGAGGCCCAGCUGAUCAUUACUAAAUCGAAAUCGGCCGAGGUGAAGAGCGGCUAUGAGGAGCUCACCGUUGCGGAAAUGGUGAAAAGGGGCUUCAGCAAAGAGCUGAAGAAGGAGUACAAUGCGGCCAACAUUUGCUACGACCUGCCCAAGGACCAUUCAUUGCGAGUGGAAAUGGAAAAGCAUAAGGGCGACCUAGAAAACCAAAUGGAUACGUUGAAAGAAGUGGAUGAUGAUGGUGCCGAGGACUUCCUUGAGGAUUCCAAAGCAAUGGUUCGACGACUUCUAUCCUACGAGAUGAACUGGAUCGGGCGUCACUCGGCUCUCAGUUUACGGCAUUGUUUGCUGGCAAAAACCAUUGGUCGUGGCUAUGCAUCAGUGAAGCAUGCUGCAGAGAUUGGUGGGGCGCUGGACAGAGCAGAGAGCAAGGACUUCAUGAGCGAGCUGCAAAGCAGGGGCUGUCUUUGGAUUGCGAGGUUUCACAGGUUGCUGCAAUGGCCCGUCGUGGUCAUCUUGAUAUGCUGGUGGCUGACUGGAAUAUGGUUCCCGGCUACUGGAAAUGUUUUCUUCGCGAGUGAUGAAGCAACUGCUGUGAACGAGCAAUGGAUGUUUCUUAUGUUUACAAGCGACCUACACCCGGCACCGGAAGUGAUCCGCCUGCAUUUCUUCGUGGCUGGCUUUCGCGGGGACUGGAAGGCUCUGCGACAGGCCUUCAAUUUCAAUCGGUAUGCCGACCGAGACAAGAUAUGCUGGAUGUGCGAAGCGACCAAAGGUGCUGAGGAUGAGACAUAUGUGUUUACAAAUCUUCAUACAGCGCCAUACAUGGAGACUUUUUUGGCCGAAGAGCCCUGGACCUUGCGACCAGCUUAUCACAGUUUGGCGGGCUUUCAUGUAAGCCUUAUCUUUCCUGAUAUUUUGCAUGCCUACCACCUGGGCUGUGGAAGGGAUCUCCUGGGGUCAGCUCUUUUUGAGAUGGUUGCGGCCGGCUAUUUUGGGGCGGGAACCAUCCCGGCUAGGCUGGCUGAGGCUACACGUCGACUCAAGCUGUAUGCCAAAACAAACAAGCUGAACCUUCGCUUGAAGAAGCUGACGAAGACCAAGCUGAACUGGUCGACUGCAAAGUACCCAGAAUUGAAGAGUUCUGGCUUCGACACGUACAUCGUGCAGCAGUGGGUGCUGCAUGAGAUCAGUUCCGUCAGGGACCCGGGUUUGGAUGGAAACUUGGUUCUGGCACUGUGGGCGAGCAAUCAUUGCAUCUCGCUGUGGUCGAAUGCAGGACGGCGUUGGCUGACAAGUGGUGAGGUGCAGACAGUUCAAAAGUGUGGCAUGGUUUAUAUGAAAUGCUAUAUCGCUUUGGCCGAGAAAGCGCUUCGCGAGCAGCAGCGUUUGUACCGU